CAAGGGGCAAGGGAAUUAGAGAAUCGUCACGUCAAUCAAACACUCUGCAGGAAACGGGGUGCAUUUGAAGUAUAGCAGUUUCCAUUCAUUGCAAUAAUUAAUGUAUAGCAAUAUUAUUAUUGCAACUGUUUAAAAAAAUGCGUCUUCUAUUCCUGCACAUAUUAGUUUGUAUAAAUCUAGUACCAUCUGCAACUGGGAAAACCAUAUCAGGAUUUUUCAGCAGCGUUGCAGCAAGAAAUACAAGAGGACAGUACAUUGGAAAAUUUCUGUAUCACGGGAAGAAUGCAUUAUUACACUGCAGAAUUGAAGACAUCCAAGCAGCUGUUGAGAAGGAAGCCACACUGAUCCUCUUCCGUGAGCAUACAUGGCUAAACCUGCAUGAAUCCGAAAAUCUGAGCUGUUUAGAGUAUCUUUCAAAAGCUGAGCUGACAGUUACUUUGAAUCAAGAAGAGAACAACCAGACAAUACCCCAGCUCCAUUUCCCUCAGACAUGGUAUGUUAGUUAUGUGGACCAUCAUACCUGUGAAGAAGGUGAUAUCAUUGCUUCAGAUGCAAUUCAAUUUGAGAUCAUGAUGUUCAACCCUGAUGCGGAAGGGAAUCCACUGGAUCACUUUAGUGCAGAAGAAACUGGCUUACAAGGCUUCUAUUUUCUGCUCUUAUUGGCCUACUUUGUAGCUACCUGUAUAUAUGCUCAACCACUAUGGCAGACUAUGCAAAAAGGUGGCCCAAUGCACACAGUUUUAAAAGUUUUGUCUACCGCAUUGCUGCUGCAGGCCGGUGCAGCAUUAUUUAACUACAUCCACUUGUCAAGGUACGCAAAGGAUGGUAUUGGGAUUCCUAUUAUGGGUGGUUUCGCCGAACUUUUUGACAUGGUUUCCCAGAUUCAGAUGCUGUACAUGCUGCUGAGUUUAUGCAUGGGCUGGACUCUGGGUAAAAAUCGCAAAUCCCAGAGCAAGCCCCUGCAGUGGGACUCCACUCCAACAUCAACAGGAAUUGCUUUGGCAGCUGUAAUCACUCAGGGUAUUCUAUUACUUUGGGAGCAGUUUGAAGAUGCAGAUCACCACGGUUACCAUGCUCACCGCAGUAUGGCAGGAUUGCUGCUAAUUGGUUUAAGGGUGAGCCUCUCCAUGUUGUUCGCUUCUAGCCUUUACCAAAUCAUCACAGUUGAGAGAAGUGCACUUAAAAGGGACUUCUACUUAAGCUUUGCAAAGGGCUGCUUUUUGUGGUUCUUGUGCCACCCAACAAUUGUGGCUCUUUCUGUUGUGUUCAAUGAGUACCAGAGGGAAAAGAUCAUUACCAUUGCUGUUAUCCUUUGCCAAUCUAUAUCUGUGGUAGUACUAUACAGACUCUUUCUUUCUCGCAGUCUCUACUGGGAGGUUUCAUCACUGUCAUCUGUUACGCUGCCACUAACCAUGGCCAGCGGGUACAAAAGUCGAUACUACUCAUAACAGUAAACAACAAGUGUUGAACAUACAACAGUGACCAAUAUUAUAGAGAGGAGCACUCCGUUCACAUAGCCAUGUUGAUUGAGGUUGGUGACCACUGCUUUUGCACAAUGUGAAAGUGGAAACAGACCAUGUGGUCAACUGAGCUUUUAAUACCAGAUCAGCUUCAAAAACCAAACACACAAAAUCUUUUUUUUUUUUUUUUUAAA